AUGGGGAUUUUUUUAAAAUUAAAUAAAAGCGUUUACGCGAACUGUAAAUCAUAUGUAUACAAGAGUGGUGGACAUUCACUACUGGAUAACAUAUUUGACGCCUACUGGAACCUUUGUGUAAAAUUGGUUCCAAAAUCAAUGACAGCUAAUUUCUUGACACUAUUAGGGUUCUUAUGCUCUACAGUGGCAUUUUUUCUUAUGUAUCUUUUUGAUCUGUUCAACAAGAAAAAUGAUUACAUAUUCAUAUACAUAGGAUUGUUUUUGUUUCUAUAUCAAACAUUUGAUGCACUGGACGGAAAACAAGCACGAAGAACAAACACGAGUUCACCUCUAGGGCAGCUGUUUGACCACGGAUGCGACUCCAUAACAUCAUCAUUGUUUAUUUUUAUUGUUGGAAGAGUGACAUGCAUUCCUAAGGGACUAGUUUUUUUUUGCUUAUUAUCGGCGGUUCAUCUUCAAACAUUCAUGUUUUCAUGGAUAGAGCAUUAUACGAAGGUUUACAACACAUCCCUUGGUUCAAUAGGAAUCACAGAAUCGCAUGUUUUGGUCAUAUCAUUGUGUAUUAUUCGAGGAAUAAAAGGAUCGGGAUUAUUUGAGAAGACAUCAUUGAAAAAUAUCUUGCCAGCAAACCUUCGCACACAUAUGGGAAAAGCUACCCUAAACAUAUCAUUGACGUACAUUAUUUUAAUCCCAGUAUUCUUUUUUCUUAUACUUUCGAUUUCAAGAAGCACAUAUAUGGGAUUGCAGACGGCAAAGAAAAAGAAGAAAGAAGCAGCAAUUCAAUUGGUAUUUUUCUACGUUUUUAUGUUAUUGCAGUACUACUUUUAUCAUUCAACUCUAACGAACAAAAAUGAACUUAUUUGCUAUACAGUAAUAGCACUGCAUUCAGCCUUUUACACAUUACACAUGAAUUUGUCCACCGUUCUAAAGACAAAAAUGGAUUUCUUGCCCUUACCUAUAAUAUUUUACUAUUUUUGCAUUGCUUUAUUAUUUAUUAAGCGCAGAAUAAAUCAUCACAUUUUGAAGCACGCUGUUUUUAAUGAAACUUAUAUAUUAUACUACAUGAUGGUAUUCGGCUUAAUUUAUUUAUUUGAUUAUGCACACACUAUAAUAGGAAACAUUUGCAAAGAGCUCAACAUUACUUUCUUGUUUAACAAGAAGAAAAAGAAAUAA